AUGCUUAAAUACCAGCCCACCAUCCGUUGCUCAAUCCACACAUCGCACCCUCCUCCGAGCCACCACAACCCAGCUCAGAAUCAGAAUCCUGUUGAGAUGUACGCAACCCAACUCCUCUCCGCCCUCUUCAUCGCCACCUCCCUGCUCGUCGUCCCGGGCGCGCACGCCUCCGGGGACUUCUCCGCGACCUGCUCCGGGUUCUUCGUGCGCGACAACCACUUCCUGCAGGCCAACUGCGGCGACGGCGUCGGGGGCUUCAAGGACACGACCCUCGAUCUCAACCGCUGCAUCGCGAAAUCGGGCAACAGCCUCGUGUGUUCGCGCAACGGCGGGUAUGCGAGCUCGUGCUCGGGGUGUGGGAUCCGCACGGGCGCGUUUAUGACAUGCGGGUGCAGCGGAGUGGCUCUCAUCGCAGACCUCGACGACUGUGUUGCGAACCUCGGCGGAAACUUGGCCUGUGUGGCGUAA